AUAGAACGAGUUCAUAUUUUCAUUUUUUAAGACAAAGAUGGAAGCAUGCAUGUGCUAUGGUCAUGCUUUGCCACAAUAAGUGUUAUCCUGGUCAUUCUUGCUCCGACAGUUGCCAGUGUUCUACAAUGUUAUAAAUGUAAUACAGUUGUGGACACAGAUUGUGAUGACCCAUUCCGUAACCAUGACUCCCCCACAGAUUGUCCUACAGUGUGUGUCAAGAUUAUGUUGGCAGGAACAGUUGAGCGAGGGUGUUUUGAAAACCAAUCUCCACUCCCUGUGACGGGCCCAGGUGGGUCAGGCUGCGUCUCCCAAUAUAUACCAAUGAAAGGCAUGAAAACUAUUUGUAGAUGCAGUACCCCACGCUGUAACGGUGCGGUGGGAAGAGGCAGCCUGGUGUACAUAUCUCUCCUCCUCACAGGGCUUGCUCUGGUCUCAUUCUUGGUGUUAUAAUAAGCAUACUGGGCUUGUAGUGAACCUAUGUUGAUCAUGUUCAUGGUGACUUAGCCAAUGGACCUGUGUAAUGACUUAGCCAAUGGACCUGUGUUUAACCUGUACAAGCCUACAUAACUGUGUUUAACCUGUACAAGCCUACGGACCUGUGUUGAAGGAGCACUGACCUAUUACCAAUGCCUCCAGCCUACAGACCUGAGAUGAAAAUGUACGAGCCUACAGACAUGUGUUGAAUGUGUACAGGCCUAUGGACCUGUGUUGAAUAUGUAGAAGCAUACAUACAUGUUUUGAACGUGUACAGACCUAUGGACCUGUGUUGAAUAUGUAGAAGCAUACAAACAUGUGUAUAACCUGUACAAGCCUAGAUAUGUUGAAUAUACAAUGACCAUGUGCUGUGAUCACUCCUGAUGAGAGAAACAAACACAAAUGCUCUACCUCCUGUAUUAAUGUAUUAUGGAUAUACCUGACCAAUUAUAUCACCUGAUAUUCAUCUCUUUUGUACCUGGAUCGGUUGCAGAAUUUUUUGUUUAAAAGAUAAUCUUAAAUUUCAUUUAACUAAUUAUAUAAAAUUCUUUGAAAAAUUCAACAUUGUAAUUAGUAGGUUAAUUUACUAUAUUAUAUAAGGGAAGUUGAAUCUACAAGUAUGGUAGUUCUAGUUUGACCUACCACCCAAGUAUGGUAGUUCAAGUGAAAUUUUCACCUCAAGUACUUUUCUUCUAGUGGGACAGACACAAGAUGAUAAAUAAUGUAUAUAUAUACAGACAAAUUUUCUAGGUAAAAGUAAAUAAAUACCAACAGCAGUUUUUAAGUUUUGCAUAUUAUUCACUAUUUUCAGGAUGAUUUUCUAUUUAUCAUAACGUUUAUUAUCA